GGGGCCGGCCCGGGCGGCUCCUCCCCAGGCGGCGGCUGCUGGAGCCUCGUCCGGUGCGGGGCUCGCGCGACAGGCCCGGGCGGAGCGGCCGCUGCAGCCGCCGGCGCGACGGGAGCCGCCAUGCCGAGCAAGAAGAAGAAGUACAACGCCCGAUUCCCGCCGGCUCGGAUCAAGAAGAUCAUGCAGACGGAUGAAGAAAUUGGAAAAGUGGCUGCUGCAGUCCCAGUGAUCAUUUCGAGAGCACUGGAGCUGUUCCUGGAGUCGCUGUUGAAGACUGCCUGUCACGUCACCCAAUCCAGGAACGCCAAAACGAUGACAACGUCCCACCUGAAACAAUGCAUAGAACAGGAGCAGCAGUUCGAUUUCCUCAAAGACCUCGUGGCUUCGGUGCCCGACAUGCAAGGCGACGCCGAGGACAACCACAUGGAAGGCGGAGAGAAGGUUUCCCGUCGGGGCCGGAAACCUGGCAGCGGGCGGAGAAACGGUGGCACGGCAGGGAAAGGAAAGGAUCCGAAGCAAUCCGGCACAGACUCGGAACAGGACGAUGAUUCGGAAGAGAGUGAAAGCAACGGAGAAGAGGAAGCUUUGCCGAUGAUCCCGUCUACACAACCAGCUACUACACAUCUUUCUCCAGCCCUUGCACCCUACCUCCAUUUUACAGGCCCUCCCCUCCCCGCUGCCCCCUUGCCUGUAGCGGCUCCGACAGGAACAGUUCCGGUUGCACUUCCGCUCGCGUCAUCGAUCGCGCCGGUCCAGGCAGGAGAAGAGGAAGAUUAUGACUCUUAACCCCCACCCCCCAUCCUUCCCAGUUCCGUUUUCACUGCUGCCAUUUGGGGUGGGAGGGGGGGUUGGUGGGGGGGAAAUCACAGGGAGUUUGAAAGGGGUUGUUCUUAAAUUUAUUAAAAAAGAGAAAAGUC